GUGGUAAAAGAGUUCAGUCUGUGUAAGUGGAGGUGAAUCACUUCUUAGGCAGUAUUUCCUGAACACAGCAAUCCCUGAUUUUAAUAAUGAGACUCUUUGGCCUUUCUUGGCUUUUUCUCCUGUGGCUGAAUCCAAAUGAAUCUUUACAGCAGAACGAAAUAAAAUGCCAACUGACGCUUCCACCACUCAGAGGAACCAGAUAUGAACCUGCUUAUAGAAGUUUGUUUUCUCCCGGUGAGAAGAUACGAGUUACAUGUGGGGAGGGUUACUGGAUUCUAAACACUCAGACCACCUCGACUGAGACUACUUGCAAAAAUGACAGAGACUGGACUAUCAGACCAGUGUGUGAAGAGGUUACAUGUAGCCAUCCACAAGCUCUGUAUUUGGAUCACUGGGGUGAUUCUGGGCAACAACAAAGACUGGGCGACACUGUCACUUACAGAUGUGGAUCCGACUACAGGAGUACAGAUGGAGCUCCCUGGGCCACAUGCACCAGAGAUGGAUGGGAACCAAAUCCACUUUGUCAAGCUGCCUAUGGCUGUAAGAGGCCACCAUCUAUUUCAAAUGGAGACAUCAAAACAAGUGCUAAAUACCAUUACCAACAUAAAGAAAGGGUUGAGUAUAUCUGUCAGCAAUACUACACCAUGGAGGGUGGACCGUUCAAAACUUGUAUCAAUGGUGAAUGGACUGCAGAGAUUAGAUGCCAUCAGAACUGUAGAGUCCCUGAAGUACCAGCCAGUCUAAGAAUCGCCACAGAUGUAACAGGCAAUCAAAUAAGAAAAGGACAACAUCUAACAUUUGCUUGUCAAGACAGUAGCCACGUCAUCAAAGGGAAUGCAACGAUUGAAUGUUUGGAAAAUGGACAAUGGAGCAAUCCUCUUCCCACUUGUGAAGCUGCACUGGGUUGUUGGAGGCCACCGUCUCUUUCAGAUGGAGACAUUAAAACAAGUACUAAAUAUCAGUACCAACAUAAUGAGAGGGUUGAGUAUAUCUGUCAGCAAUACUACACCAUGGAGGGUGGACCGUUCAAAACCUGUAUCAAUGGUGAAUGGACUGGAGAGAUUAGAUGCCUCCCUGCCAAGGAUUGUAGGAGGUCACCACCACCUCUUUCACAUGGACAGGCCAAACCAGGGACUAGAUACCCGUACAGACACAAUGACAAGGUCGAAUAUGUGUGUGACACAGACUACGGCAUGGAAGGUGGGCCGUUCAAAACCUGUGUCGAUGGUGAUUGGGUUGGAGAGAUGAGAUGCCGCCUUGCCCACGGUUGUGGGAGGCCACCACCUCUUUCAGAUGGAGACACCAAAUCAAGACCCAAAUACCAGUACCAACAUAAUGACAAGGUUGAAUAUAUCUGUCAGCCAUACUACGUCAUGGAGGGUGGACCGUUCAAAACUUGUAAAGACGGUGAAUGGACUGGAGAGAUUAGAUGCCUCCGACCCUGCACUGUGAAUAGAGACGACAUGAACAGACAUAAUAUUCAGUUCAAACAUAGAAGAGAUGAUAAACUGUAUUCUGAACAUAAUGAUGUAAUCGUGUUUGAGUGUAAAAGAGGAUACAGACAUGAUGGGGCAGUGGGAAUGCGUCAGACGUGUGAACAUGGUGUGAUACAUUUACCGACUUGCCAGUAAUGCUUUUUUGUACAAGACUAGAUAAACAUGAGGGCACUAAUGUGUCAAUAAUUGAAGACCAGAAUGAAGACUUAGACCAGUGCUGUUUGUGGUCAUUUCAAUAAAAGCUAAUAAAUGCUGACUGA